ACAGAAGAGAAGAAGAGAGCAGUUUUUUUUACUUCCGGGUUCUCGAAGUCUUAGCAUGUAGGGAUGUUUUACUGUCAGAAAGGAGCGAAAUAACCACACAAAGGCGGCUGUGUUUGGUUCCACGUUCCUCGUCGGGUCUGAGGAAGAUGUCCGGGUCUCAGGAUCCGAAGGACUCGAUCACAAGGCGGCUUUUCUCUGCGGCUCACAGGGAUCUGACACCGCCCGGAUACAGAGAGGAGCUCCAGAGUGAGAGGGAACUGUUGAAUGUGAUUUCAACAUCUGAAGUAAAUCUGCAGACAGAAGCGUGUCUGUCCCUGAUCAAAGAAGAGUCUCCAGAGCAGCAGGAAUGUAGCCCCGGUCUGGACCAGGAGGACACUAAGCCCACACCCAUCAAAGAGGAACAGGAUGAGCUCUGGAGCAGUCAGGAGGGAGAGGAGCUUGAAGGUCGGGAGGAGGCUGACACCACCAAGCUCCCGUUCACUGUUGUGACUGUGAAGAGUGAGGAUGAUGAAGAGGAGCCUCAGUGCUCACAGCUUCAUCAGAGACAAACUGAAUGGAUGGAAACAAGAGAGGACUGUGGAGGAUCAGAACAAUCCAGCAACUCAGACCCAGAGACGGAUUUACAACCAGAGAUCGAGGUCAAGAUUGAAGACUCUUCUGAGCCCGAGACUGAAGACGGGGAUGAUUACUGGGAGUCCAGAGACCAUCAGGCAGGUGUAAACCCUCUGGAGAACUUGACAGACUCUAUAGAUAAAUUACACACCUGCUACGAGUGUGGUAAGACAUUCAAAAGGAAAGGGCAUCUGACGGCACACAUGAUAGUUCACACGGGAGAGAAACCCUUCAGCUGCUCCGAGUGUGGUAAAAGUUUUAACUGCAAAGGAAAUCUGACCAAACACAUGAUCAUCCACACGGGAGAGAAACCCUACAGCUGCUCCGUGUGCGGAAGAACAUUCAACUGUAGAGGAAGCAUGACCCGGCACAUGUUGGUCCACGUGGGAGAGAAAUCCUUCAGCUGCUCUGAGUGCGAGAAGAUAUUCAAAAGCAAAGGAAGCUUGACUCAGCACAUGUCCGUUCACAAAGGAGAGAAAUCCUUCAGCUGCUCCGAGUGUGGCAAGAUCUUUAAAAGUAAAGGAAACCUGACCCAGCAUAUGUCGGUUCACAGCGGCGAUAAACCGUUUAGCUGCACCGUGUGUGGGAAACGCUUGAAAGGAAGGUAUUAUCUGGCCAAACACAUGAGGAAUCACACGCGGGAGAAACCCCUCAGUCCCUCUGAGUGUGACAUUAACUCUCAAGAAAGUCCCACAGUUCACAUGGAGCAUCACGGCGAAGAAACACCUUACAUUGUAGUGGAAAUAUGUUAAGGCUGGUUUUAUCCUUCCUACGCAGCAGGGGCUGACGCGGACAUGAGCACUACGUACUUGUGCGUCGAUGUGUCCGUGUCGGGCUGCAAUUCUCCUCCUAAACGCUUGAGGGCCAUGCUCAGUCUCUGGAAACAUGUGUGUAGUUGUGUGAGAUUCAGAAAAGGAGAAAAUUGCCGCGACUGCAGCUAAUGUCUUCUUCUUCUGUUAAAUAA